AAAAACUUACAAAUUCUAACAAUUAUUCUUUCCUCUUCAGCGCGCCGCCUUAGCGAGUACGUGUCGCAUUACGAGCCGCUGCACUACGACUCGGCGCCAGUGCACAGCGAUCACCAACGUGUCCGGCGGUCGGCGGACUUCGAGUCGGAAUCGAGUCGACUCCGGCUGAGGUUUAAGGCGCACGGGCACGACUUCAGGCUACGGCUGAGGAGGGACCUAAGCGCCUUCAGCGAUCGGCUAGAGGUCCAUGGGCCGGAAGGACCCAUCCAUGGGGUCGACACGUCGCAUGUGUACGAGGGAGACCUGCAAGGUGACCCCGGCAGCGCCGUGUUCGGGUCGGUGAUCGACGGCGUCUUCGAGGGCAAGAUCAUCUCCAAGUCAAAAGGAACGUUUUACGUUGAAAAGUCGCGACACUACUUCCCAGGGGAAAACAAUGCCAGUUUUCAUUCCGUUAUCUACAACGAGAAAGACGUAGCCGACCCUUAUGAGUCCCUUCGAGAAGGUCAUGUGCCUGGUUGCGGAAUCAACGACGACGUUCUUCAAUGGAUGGAGCAGGUCCAAGCUUCGGGCGUGGACGAUCCGCCUCCAAUUCCAGUGAUACAUCCUAGUAACAAGUAUAAAUUUUUAAAUAAUAAUACGCAAAGUAACGAGAUUCUCAAAAAAGUUCUUAGUCAACGAGACGUGAACACGGAAACGCACAAUAAAUAUUCUAGAGAAGCAAAUGAGGGCCAUUCGAGACACAAAAGGGCCAGUAGGCAUAAGGAGGAUAACAAAAAUACCUGUUCAUUAUUUAUACAAACUGAUCCAUUGAUAUGGAGGCAUAUUCGAGAAGGUUUCGCAGAGCACAAGGAUUACAGCAAAAAGGCAGAAGUUGAUGAAAAGACUCGGGAGGAAAUUUUGUCAUUAAUCGCUCACCAUGUAACGGCUGUGAAUUAUAUAUAUCGUGAUACAAAAUUCGACGGGCGAAUAGAACAUAGAAAUAUCAAAUUUGAAGUCCAACGGAUAAAGAUCGAUGAUGAUUCUGCAUGUGGCUACCCUUUCGCAGGAGAACCUAAUCAAUUCUGCAUGGAGAACAUCGACGUGUCCAAUUUUCUAAAUCUUCAUUCUUUAGGAAAUCACGAAGACUUUUGCCUAGCCUACGUGUUCACCUACCGCGACUUCACUGGUGGCACCCUAGGCCUAGCUUGGGUAGCCUCGGCCAGUGGAGCCUCGGGGGGCAUCUGUGAGAAAUACAAGACAUACACUGAAACAGUCGGAGGAAUGUAUCAAUCGACAAAGAGGUCUUUGAACACGGGGAUUAUCACUUUUGUCAAUUAUAAUAGUCGAGUGCCUCCGAAAGUGUCUCAACUUACACUAGCUCAUGAGAUCGGACAUAAUUUUGGAUCACCGCAUGAUUACCCCCCGGAAUGUCGUCCUGGUGGUGCCAAUGGAAAUUAUAUAAUGUUUGCUAGUGCCACAAGUGGUGACCGACCAAACAAUAGUAAGUUUUCAACGUGUUCCGUGGGCAACAUCUCAAACGUUUUGGACGCCAUCGAGGAUAAUAAGAAGAGAAAUUGUUUCAAAGCAUCUGCUGGUGCCUUCUGCGGAAAUAAGAUUGUGGAAGCUGGGGAAGAAUGCGACUGCGGAUAUGAUGAUGAGGAGUGCACUGAUAAAUGUUGUUAUCCUCGAGUUGUCAGCGAUAUUGAUAGAUUAAAAAAUAGUACCGCCAGUGGAUGUAACAGGAGAGCAAAUACACAAUGCAGUCCAAGCCAAGGACCAUGCUGCCUUAGUGAUACAUGCAGGUUUGUGCCGGCGUCUUUCCGAACAAAAUGCAAAUCAGAAUCUGAUUGUUCUUGGAGCUCAACUUGUAAUGGUUUGUCACCAGAAUGUCCAGCACCCAAACCGAUGGCAAACAAGACACGUUGCAACAAUGGUACCCAGUUGUGUAUAAAUGGAGAGUGUAGUGGUUCUAUAUGUCUUGAAUGGAAUUUAACAGAAUGCUUUUUGACAUCAAGUAUCAUUCCAAAUAUUGAUAAGCGUAAACUAUGUGAAUUGGCAUGUCAAAAUGGAACAGAUCCUGCAACAUGCCGAAGUACAAGUGAAUUUGCUCACCAAGUGGGCUUACCACCCGGUGGCAUCAGUUUGCGUCCAGGUUCCCCUUGUGAUAAUUUUCAGGGUUACUGUGAUGUUUUCUUAAAAUGUCGUGCAGUGGAUGCCGAAGGUCCAUUAGUCAGAUUGAAAAAUAUGCUUUUCAAUAAACAAGUUUUACUCACAUUAGCCCAGUGGGUAACUGAAUAUUGGUACUUUGUAGUCCUAAUGGGGUUAGCAUUUAUUAUAGUAAUGGGUGUGUUCAUCAAAUGUUGCGCUGUCCACACUCCUAGUUCAAAUCCUAAAAAGCCUCCUGCAAGACGAAUUAGUGAAACACUGAGGAGGCCAAUGAAUACAUUAAGAAGGAUGCGGCAUCAACAAGGAGGCGGAGGUCCUCGAAGUGUGCCUGUGAGUGGGCAGAGUGGUGACCGCAGCAGACCAGGAGGAAGGGGGAGAAGUAGGAGUAGGGGCGAAAGUAGCGGCGGUUCCAGGUCGCAUCAACAUAGUAGAGGUGCUCCUACGAGGGGCUACUCAGAAGGGCGGCCCCAGUAUCAUCCAAAAGCAUCGUCGAGCCAUCAUGGCCACGGCCGUUCUAGUCAUUCAGAACCUUAUGCCGGUGCUUAUGGCGACCAACGCAACGCAUAUGAAAUGAGGCAGCAUAAAGUCUGACAGUAUUCUAAUUUAAUUCAAGCAUAUCAAAUGCCAAACAUUCAGCCCAUGAACGAGGUCCACACAGUUUGCCAAAGUGACGGACUCGUCUUACAGCCGAUAUUUUCCAACGAUUGUUAUCAGUUUGCGAGUACAUCUUUUCCAGACGUGGUUCCGGAAUCGGAACUACAGAUAAACACUAAUUCUAUAUAUUACACAGAUCCUACUCUUCAGUUGGGUUCCAUGCCUCAUAUGAUUAUGGGAUAUCAAUCGCCAAAUAUCACAUCUGCUCAGAAGCAGCCAACGGUUUUAUAUAAAGCGGUUUCGAUGUUACAGCCACCAGAAAAUUCGGCCGAUAACUCACCAAAUUCAAAUUUCGCAGUUCGUUUAGACAAAUCUGUACCAGUCCAACGGAAGCAGUCUCAAUUGAAAAUUAUUAUUAUAGAAACCAAUGGCUCUGAGACAAAUAUUACUGGUCAUUUAUCAAAUACGAAUGAUCCUUCUGCUAGUGUUAUCAGUGUUGAAAAAGAUAAAACUGCCAAAAUAAUUUUAACGGAGCUGCCAAAUAUUUCUGUAGAAUUACCAACCAAGACGACAUGUGAAAUGGUUAUAUGAAUAGAGGUGAAGACAAUUUACUAUGUGGUUAUCAAGUGAGAGUAAAAUGUGUGGACUCUAAAAUAUAUAUUAUGCAUAAACUUCAACAAGACUGGUUUGAUCUGAAUAUAAUCAAAAGUUUGUCAG